GCGUGGCAAAAGCAGACAGUGAAACUUGUGGAGGGAACAGCUGGUGAGAGGUGGAGCCCAAGAUCUCCCAGGAACAGAGUGAGCUGGCCCAGGGGUGACGGCACACAGGACAGGGCUGUGAGGACAGACUCUGGUGACUGUGGGUAUCUGUCAGUCAAACCCUGUGAACUAACCGUAUCCAGUGCUGCUUCUAGCAUUGGCAGCAUCAUGCUUAACACCAAGAGGAUUGGGUGGGGCUGUCUUCCAAAGGACACCAUUAUCCACAAAAGAGAGAAAGACGGACACACAUUCCAAAAAGGAGAUGACCUGAAGAUUGGUGAGCCAAAUGAAGCCACAGUUCUUGGGACCAUCCAGAUACUAUGUGCCCUGAUGAUUGCAAGUUUGGGGGUCAUUUUGGUGUCAGCUUCCUACUCUUCCAACUUCAGGCCAGAAGCCUCCUCCACCUUGAUGUCUGGGUACUCGUUUGUUGGGUCCCUGUGUGCACUGAGCAGCCUGGCCUCCAAUGGAGCAAGCUCUGUUGUUGCUGGAAUCGGUCUCUUCCUCCUCUCCCAUAGCCUGGUGGCCCUGGGAACUGUCCUUCCACACUGUAACUCAGAAAAGAAAUUCCUGUCCUUAUUGACUUACUUGGAAUCCCACCUUUGGAGGAAUGAUGACUACAGCUGUCACCUGGCUCAUGUCAGUGCUAUAGUAAGUAGUUUCAGACCAAAUAUCUUGUCAUGUAAAAUGCCACCGUCUUCCCUUUGGACAGUUUCUGCUUUUUCAGCCAUCUCUGGUCAUGUUGGUCUGACUGUCUGGGGCAGACAGGAAGAAAACCAAUAAACAAGUAUGAGAGACACUUGGCAGACUGGGUGUGGAGGAGGUGCAUGAAACGCAGCAAGCAGAAAGAGGAGGGAAGGGGGAAAAGAUGAAGAAAAUACAAUGGAGAGUCUUAAAUCACAAUAGGCAAUGUUAUUAUUUGUUAUUUGUGUUGAACUUGAAUUUGAACAGAAAAGCUCAACCCAGUAGAGAUAUUUGCCUUCUGAUCACAUGUACUCUGAGACUUGGAGCAGACAUAAAGUGCUUAAUCCCCUAAGUGCACAUGGCCUAGGGCUGGCAAAGAGAGAGAAGGUUUAGGAAGGAGGCAGCUAACCAGUAUAUCUAACUCCUUUGGAAAACAUUAUUCUUGGGCAGAAUUUUCUUAGCACUUUUCACAAAUUUGACAGCCACCAACCAUUGAUAGCGACAAGCCUGGCUGAGUCCAUUUUCUAAAUGUAGGAUUAUAGAGUCUAAAUCAUAACAAUGAGCCAUUUAAGAAGGAAGAGUGUUCUUUCAUGGCUUCUCCUACUGGAGCAAUGAGUGAUCAAGUUCCUGUCUUUCAUUCCCUUGUGUCCAUCUGAGGUUGAAGCCUUGGAGAAUGUGUGAAGGUUUUUAGAUUCACUGUGUAUGAGUCUGAACAUGUGAGUAGAUCAAAAGUGUUGAUCUGGGAACUUGGGGAAGCAAACAGAGCAGAGACUCAUCUGGUUAAAAGUGAGCAUGAGAGAGGCUAGAAGAUCACACUGCAAGA